AUGUAUGCAUUGUGCAUUUGUAAUGUAAGGAGGCAGAUUGAUCUGAGCAGCGUGAAUGAAGUUGUGUCUGACUCGUCUGAUCAAACUCCAGAUGCACAGCCAUCUCCACUCCCAACACUCAGUUGGGGCAGCUCAGAGGACGUCUGGAGGAAAAUGCUGAGUAAAGAAAUAAAGUACAAACACAGCAAGAGCAGUUUAGACAAACACCCGUCGCUGCGGCCCAAAAUGAGAGCCAUGUUGCUCGACUGGCUCAUGGAGGUGUGUGAAUCGUACACACUUCACAGACAGACCUUCUACCUGGCUCAGGACUUCUUUGACAGGUACAUGUUGUCCCAAAGUGACGUGCAGAAGGAUCAACUGCAGCUCAUAGGAAUCACGGCUCUGUUCAUCUCCUGCAAAAUAGAGGAAAUAUAUCCUCCAAAAAUCACUGAGCUGGCUUUUGUGUCUGAUGGAGCCUGUCUGGAGGAGGAGAUCCUGCAGAUGGAGCUGAUCAUGUUGAAGGCGUUAAACUGGGAUCUUUGUCCGGAGACUGUGCUCUCGUGGAUGAAGCUCUACAUUCAGAUCGCCACGCUGUAUGACGUCACCAAUCUAUUAGUGCCUCAGUUUUCUCAGGAAACCUACAUUCAGAUCACACAGGUCUUGGAUUUGUGCAUCCUUGAUAUCAACUCUUUGGACUUUAAAUAUGGAGUCUUAGCAGCGGCUGCUUUUUGCCACUUCAUGUCAGCUGAUGUCGUCCAAAAAGUAUCGGGACUGAAGUGGGAGGCCAUUGAGACCUGUGUGAACUGGAUGGCUCCUUUCGUGGAGACCAUGAUGUGUUAUGAGAGUGCACAGCUGAGAGAAUUUGGCCAAGUGCCGUCUGAGGACAGACACAACAUUCAGACACACGUGGACUACCUCUGCAUGCUGAAAGAUGCUCAGGAGAAGCAGUCAAAAAGCCUGGAGCCCUUGUUCCCACCAACACCACCAAGCAGCGCUGAGAAACCCAGCUAACACUAGUGUUCAUACAGCAGGAUCAGUGUACUGUGAUAUUUACUGUCACUCUAGGUCUAGACUUCAUCUCGAGUUCAGGUCAUUACAUGUAAUAUGUACUAUGUGCACAGGGCUUAAACUUCUAUUUAAGUAACAAAAUAGACUUCAAGAAACUGCACUGUUUUAUAAUGAGUAGGCAACUUGGGUUUCCCUGUACAGUACGAAAAAUAUUGUGCAAAAAAUAAGAUUAGGCCUCAGGAUUGCUGUAGUAUUUUUGUAUAUUUUCUGUUUUAUUAUUUUUUUUCUCUGAAGUUCAAAUGACGACUUCUUCAAAUGUGAUUCAUGAAAAUAUCCAAUUUCCUGUCGGCAUAAUGUUCUUUAUUAUACAGCACAAUUUAAGCAUGAUGUUCAUUUGUAUAUAGAAUGUAAGAUGUUUACAUUUGCUCAUUUCAACUUUACCAAAAAACAUUGUUCCUUAUUGACACAUAAUUGUGAAAAUUGGAUGUGUGUAUAUGUAUACAUUUGUAUAUUAUAAAAAUAGGACACAACAUAAAUUAGCAUAGGCAUAUUUAUUUGAAAAAAAAAAU